AUGGUGACGAUAGCCAAUCAGAUCUCGAUGGUGGAUCGACUGCCGUCGAUUCGAUGGCUGAUGUUGGCGAUUGGGACGGCAAUGGUGCCCAGGAAGCCGAUGGAGACGACGACUAAGAUGACCUUAGGAAGUUUCUGUUGGGAGAUGCCUCUGAAGGCGGAUGCGACGAUUGGUGAAGGGAGAUGUAGCGAUGGCGUCAUAGAGCAGAGGAGGAAGGGAGAAAGGCGAUGCAUGUCAUCGUGUAGACAAAGACAAUCUUCCUGCCGGUCAUCCUUCUCUCCCUCGCCGACCGCAGUCUCCAGAGUAGAUGCAUGCUUCUUCUAG